AUGGCCAUCAGAGUGGGGCUUGUGAAGCCAAGUGAGGUUGCGGUUGUCUACACGCAGGCCGAAACAGUCUUCCACCAAGUCUUUGACCAUGCGCAGCUGCUUGCCCAGAAAAUGCCUGCUACAACCGCACUUCUGGUGGAAGCAGUGCUUGUUGGCUUGUACGCUGCUGGUGGCUUUCGACCUGUACGGCGCUUCAUGAUUCUCAGCGAACUGCAAUCAGAGAGUGCCUGGCGAGAAAAGUUCCGAUGGAAACCUUUGACUUUUCAGGUGUUCGAGCCGACAACGACAUGCCGGCUGUGCUUUGCGGCCUUCGACUUUGCAAUCGACGUCUUUCCUGAAGCGUUCGGCAGCGUUCUUGACCAGAUGGAGAAACUGGAUGUUCUGGAGUUGUUGAUGUUCCUGUGGGGGUACAACUUCGAUCUGCGUCAAAUGGUCGAACACCGUUUCUUUCACGAUUGCCAUUUGGGGAACAUCUUUGUGCUACCUGUGACAGCGGGCAGCGAAUCAGGACCACCCCACGGAAAGAGUCUUCGGUUUGCGUGGCAUGACUUCGGCAGCCACAGCUACCACAGCAGGCCUUCAGACCACGAAUUGCGAGAGUUUGCAGACAAGCACGAAGCAGCAAUGAAUGCAACUGUCAGGAGGCUCGGGAAGUUGCAUCCCAAACUGGAAAGGCUACUCAAGUCUGGAAUUGAAAAGAUGGUCGCUGACACUUCGUUCUACGUUAUAUAUUCUUUGACCAGGACUCUUGAGCAAGUGCAGAACGCCAUCAUGAAGUGGCGCGAUCCGGAUGCCCGGCGCAUCCAGUCUACCAUGUUGGAUGUGUGGAGGUGGUCUGGGGCCUCAAGAGCUCGCAUCAGCGAGUUGCAAGAGCUCGCUCAGAUCAGUACUACCUCGGCACCUUCCACCGUGGUUUGGGUGCGGGAGCUGGCCCGGAACAAGGACAGACAGCUCUCCGCCGGGCCUAAGGAGGAUGGCAAGGAGUUUGAGCCGACGGGCAAUGCGUUCAAAGUCAAAGGAGCCUUAACUGACGUGGAUGACCUGAAGGAAGCUCUCAAGAAGAAGAAGCCAAAUCGAGUGACGUGCGAUGCAGAUGAAAUCGACAUCUACAGCCAGCAGGAUGGGGACUGGGUGAAGGAAGCAGCGAUGUCAGCAAGUCUGCGCGACACAACUGAGUCAGAUUGCUACGGGUUCACGCUGCCACAAAAGACGGACGAUUUGUAA